AUGGACAAGUAUACCAACAGGGACCAUCCUGACUACAUUCCUGGCACAUUUAACAUUUAUUCCUCUCAAAAUUUGGAGAAUGGUAUUAUAUACGAAUCAAAGUUGAAAAAAACCACUUCAGGAGUUGUUUUAAUUCCUCAACCAUCAUACUCUUCGAAUGAUCCACUGAACUGGUCUGCUUGGAGAAAGUUUGCUCAUUUCGGUUUAAUGGCGUUUAUAACUGCGUUUACAGCUGCUACAAGUAAUGACGCAGGCGCCGCCCAGGAUUCAUUGAAUGAAAUUUACGGAAUAUCGUAUGAUUCUAUGAACACAGGUGCCGGCGUUCUUUUCUUAGGUAUUGGCUGGUCUACUCUGUUUUUAGCUCCGUUCGCUAACUUGUACGGGAGGAAGAUUACUUACAUUGUUUGCACCACAUUGGGUCUUUUUGGUGCACUUUGGUUUGCCUUGGCUAAAAGAACCAGUGACACAAUUUGGUCGCAAUUAUUCGUUGGGAUUAGCGAGUCCUGUGCUGAAGCUCAAGUGCAGCUAUCUCUGAGUGACAUUUUUUUCCAGCACCAAUUGGGUUCUGUGUUAACUGUGUAUAUAAUGUGCACCAGUAUUGGUACGUUCUUGGGCCCCUUGAUUGCUGGUUACAUAUCAGCCUUUACCAACUUCCGUUGGGUCGGCUGGGUUGCAGUGAUCAUAUCUGGUGGACUCUUAGUCGUUAUUAUAUUAGGGUGUGAAGAAACGUAUUUUGAUAGAGGCCAAUACAUGACUCCACUGACAAGCAGUCAAUCUGGGUACGAAGACGGUACCACCUUGCAAAACUCAGACAAUACUGUCGUAUCACGAAAGAAGCACCACCUUGAUGCUAAAUUGUCGACUCCUGGGGCCAUGGGUGAAAAGGGUGUAUCAGAAACAGCUGAAUUUGAAGUCAACAACGAAGAGGAGGCUACUAUACCUGAGACCCGCGAAUUGAUUGAUGGUUCCAAGGAGCCUUUGAAGCCUUACCAAAAAAGAAUAGCCAUAUUUACCAAAGCGACAAAUUUGAAAGGCUACGGUUUCAAACAGUACUUUAAAUAUUUAAAAAUCAACCUUAGGAUGUUUUUAUUUCCGCCCGUGUGGUUAUCUGGUAUGUUUUGGGGUAUUCAAGACGUUUUCCUGACGUUCUAUUUGACCACUCAAGAGAGUGCCUACUAUGAACCUCCAUGGAACUACAGCGAUUUCGGUGUUGCAAUCAUGAAUGUUCCCACACUUAUCGGAGCUGUUAUUGGUUGUAUUUGUGCUGGUAUUGUUAGUGAUUACUUUGUCCUUUGGAUGGCACGCCACAACAGAGGUAUUUUGGAGGCGGAAUUUAGAUUAUACUUCUCGAUUGCAACUGCAGUUAUUGGACCUGCCGGUUUGCUGAUGUUUGGUAUCGGUACCGCCAGACAAUGGCCUUGGCAAGCUAUAUAUGUUGGCUUGGGUUUUGUUGGCUUCGCCUGGGGUUGUUCUGGUGAUAUCGCCAUGGCGUACCUAAUGGAUUGCUACCCCGACAUGGUUUUGGAAGGUAUGGUCUGUACAGCUAUCAUCAACAACACCAUAUCUUGCAUCUUCACUUUCACCUGUUCCGAUUGGCUGGCUGCAUCUGGUACCGAGAAUACGUAUAUUGCCUUGGCCGUUAUUAAUUUUGGUAUUACUGCAUUUGCCUUGCCAAUGUACCACUAUGGUAAGAGAAUAAGAAUUUGGACUAAGCAAUGGUACCUGGAAUCUGUCAAUCUGAGAGACGGUGUGUGA